UCUUCCGAUUCACAGCAGACAGACACGCAGCUGCAGGAAUUACUGUAAUUCCCACAUGACCCUCCAAUGUCACCUCCAGACGCGUGGCCGAUGUCGUCUUUCCUAGAACGCUCUGCCUGAUCGCAAUAAACACUUUCGCCGUCUAAAUACCAAACUGCGCGGAUCACCAAAACAGCACGCGUUUUUUUUUUGCAAGUGCGGCCAGCUACGUAGCUCGACAUGGACUUCAGCGUUAAAAGACUCGCCUCCGACGCCGGCACUUUCCUCAGUCGCGCCGUGCAGUUCGCCGAGGAAAAACUGGGACAGGCGGAAAAAACCGAGCUGGACGUGCGCUUGGACAAUCUCCUGACCAAGGCAGACACCCGCAGGCGGUGGACGGAGAGGUUAAUAAAGCAGACUGAGGUGGUACUUCAGCCCAAUCCGGGGCUGAGAAUGGAGGGACUUUUAUACGAAAUGCUGGAGAGGGAAGCCCCGAGGCACACAAGCAACCACGAGCAGCUGGGCGAGUGCAUGAUCGACGCGGGCCACGAGUUAGGCCCUGGGACUGCGUACGGAAAGGUACUGAUAAAAUGCGGGGAGAUGGAGAAGCAGAUCGGCGGAACACAGAGGAAGUUAAUUCAGGGCGUGACUGUCGGCUUCCUCACCCCCCUGAGAAACUUCAUUGAAUGGGACUCAAAAACUGUCUUGAAAGAAGGGAGGCUGCUGGAGAACAGGAGGCUGGACCUGGAUGCUGCCAAAACCCGCCUGAAGCGAGCCCAGAUAGCGGACGCCCACCACGCCCGGCUAAACUCCGCCCCCCCGCCUAGAGAGGAGGCAAGAGCGCAGUUCUCCUACAUGUUCAGCUUUCUGCACGUAAAAUGGAUGAAGAUGUGGACUGCAGAAGUGGUACAGGCCGAGGCCCAGCUGAGGAAGACGCAGGACGAUUUCGAUCGGCAGGCAGAAAUCACCAGACUCCUGCUGGAAGGCAUCAGUAGCACCCAAGAAAACCAUCUCUCCUGCCUUAAGGACUUUGUGGAAGCCCAGACUGCAUAUUACGCUCAGUGCCAUCAGUACAUGGUGGACAUCAAGAAACAGCUGGGAAGUGUCCAACCCAGUGUUGUUUCCAGUGACAAGCGGCUGUCAUCGUGCCCAGUGACCGAUGCCACCCUGCCCCCCCUCCCGGAGCCGGCUGCCCACCCCACACAUCUCCCACCACCAUCCUCGGCCCCCUCUCCCCAGACGGGGCCCAGUCCAGCUUCCUGACCUGGAGGUGGAGUUCAGGAGGCGGCAGGACGAGGUGGCCCUCGUCUUAACAGACCGCGAGCCGCAGCGCCCCCUGCUGCUGACCCUAUAACUAUGCUGUUAGCUAACACGAAGCGCACCAGCUAUGAUGCUACAGUAUGACUAGCUGGCGCCAAUAUCUGAUGACAAAAGAAUGACAUCAUGUAACAAAAGGAUUAUGUCAUGUGACAAAAGAAUGCACAGCAGUCACCUUUUGUACAGUUAAUAGUAGACCGUAACCCUUAAUGCCUUCUGCUUUUCAAACAGAAGACUUAGCAAUGGAUGAAUCUUAGCCGAAUUAUAACAGUGUUAAGCAAUGCAAGGCACCAGAGGGUGGGGGUGUGCGAGCAGGCACACGAGGGGGGGUGUAUCGCCUUACAAGUGAACAUGAACCAGUUUGGAGGAGGAUGAUCACUGCAUCUCUGAUCUUUAGGUAAAGCUUCACGUGAACUACUAGGCAAUAGUGAGGCUUUUCGGUGAGAUGUGCAGUUUGACACAUCAUAAGUCCUGCUGUAAUAUGUGCCAAGAACUUCAAUGGUUAAUACUCUGUUUCAUAAAUUUCUGAAAACACUUCCAGGUUUUAGAGGUUGCAAAGCUAUAUUCAACUGUUCCUCCAGUUACUUAUUUAAUCAUCCAAUCAUCGAUAUUUGAUUAAAUAUUUAACUAGAGUACCUUGAAUACAGUUCUGUAAUCUCUAAGAAUUGGAAGUGUGUUUCCACAAUUUUGGCCACUAGUGUACAUUAGAUGUCGCGUUAUUGUGAUUUUAAUAAAUGUUUAUACUGCUAAAA